GGCGACCGCGCUACAGACGGGCCGGGCCGGCUGCGGAAAGGGGGACUGGCCGUGCCCCGCUCCUCCAGGCAGCGCGGCGGCGCGCUCGCACACGCGGCGAGAAGGGCGGCCGCGAGCGCCGGUGGUGGGGUUUUCCAGGCCGGCGCGCUCGCUCGCGACGUCAGGCGUUCCUCGGCAGCAACCGCAGCGCUGCCUGGCCUCUCCUCCUUUCUCUCACCGUCCGGAGGACGCCGGCGGUUGUGUUGGUGGUGGUGGUGCAUCCGAUAAGUGAUCCCCCCCCUCUCCCCCCGCAGACUCCGUACUCCCCAGCGAACUGCCCCGCGCCAAACGAGCGGCCGUUUUGAGCGCGCGCGAGCGGCACACAGCUGUCAGUCAGCGCGCAUCGCGCGUGUGUGUGCAACCAUGCCGACUGCUUCUUCCUAGAGUGCGCGCGUUUCCCACAGCUCAGGAAGGUUGUUGGACGGGACCUCAGGCAAUCGCCUCGUGCUCCCCGAGAAGUGAUGCCGACUGCGGCAGACGGCAGUGAACUAGACGUGAACCGCGGCGCGCCACUACAAGCGCCGUCACCUUUAUUCCUAGGCGGAAGCUGCGACGGCGGCGCCGUGCCGCGAAAGACGCUCCUCGACUUGGAACAAUCGUCGGACGUGACCUGCGAGAAGCGCAAGAAGCGCUCGCACAGCGAAGACAGCGGUUGUCCCGACUCGGCGAACACCACCGACAGCGGCCUGGUGUGUGACGACUCGCUACCGCCGGCUGCGACGACCAGGCAGUCGUCUGCGGCAGCCUCCGAGGACUCAGCGACGUCGGACUAUUCGUCCGCCGGCAGCGGCACGGAACACCCCGAGACGCCAGCCUCUAAUUCUGCCGGAAUGGUGGUGCGGACUGCGCGAACCGCUAUGCCGGCGAGCAGCGCCCUGACCACGGCCGCUGCGUCGGGCAUCAAGUCUCCAACGUCCAUGCAGCAGGCGCUGCAGCUGAAGAGGGCACGACGGAGUGCGCGCUUGGAGCAGCGGCGCUCGCUCGAAGUGAAGUACGCGCUUCUUUCUGACGCCGACGGAGACAGGCCUCUGCACAUCGCCGUGCUCCACGACGACAUCACCCUAGUCCAGCGGCUCUGCCGACUCACCAGAGCGGCGGGUGCCAGCGUCGACGUCUUGAACAGCCUCAGGCAGACGCCCUUGCACCUGGCGCUGAUCGUGGGCAACGAGCCUGCCGUCGACGUGCUGCUGCGCGAGGGCGCCUCGGUGCUGCGCAGGGAUCGCAACGGCAACACGCCGCUGCACCUGGCGCUCAAGUAUCCCAGCCUGGGGUGCAUGCGGCUCGUGCUCUCGCACCGGCUAGCGGCCAAGAUCGUCGACGCGCCGGACUUCGACGGUUACUCCCCGCUGCAUUUGGCAGUACUGCUCAACAAGCCAGAAGCGGUCAGUCUCCUAAUCAAGGCCAACUGUGAUAUCAAUGUUUCUGACGGCCGGAGCGGGCGGACGCCGCUGUACCACGCCAUCGCCCUGCAGCGCGAGCACCUAGUCAAGCAGCUCGUGUCGCACGGUGCCAGCAUCGAGGCCCAAGACUACGCGGGACACUCGUGCCUCGCGCUCGCCAAAGAAGCAAAGAGCCCCUGCCUGUCCUUCCUCCAGGCCAAAGGGUCGGCGCUCUGCAGCUGACCGCCACGGCGCACACGGCGCGGGGAAACACAGACUCGUAUUCAAGCAACGGGCAGACCCUUCGGCGCGGGAUGCCGAUGAACGGCGCAAGUGCCAAUGCGAUGCGCUGCCGACAAGGGCACACCACUACAACUCUGCGGAGAAACACGCAUCGAGCGAGACCACGCGCGCUCAGUGAUGCAUAACUGCCAGCUAUGCACCUGUGAUUAGCCACUCCUGGACUCUUUUCACCGGCUUGCAGAAGCCUUCAAAGUCCAUAUUGCUUGCUGCCAUCUACAAACUCUACAAUCCAUCAUACUCCCAUCUUCCUUACGUAACGCCGCAAGCUGGGCCCGAUUACAGCGGCUAGUGAAGCCUGCUAAGUGAAACGUUUACAGCACUUUACACAAGCAAAAGCAGGCAAGGGUGGCACAUUCCCACUUGGUCAUGCAGUGUUUGAAGCCGAGUGCCAUAGGUUUUACAAAUGCACUGGGGUCCCAAUGCUGCACUGCAGAUAUGCCCCCGGGAAGUUCCAGUCAGCAUUGCAAUGAAGGCUUUGCAAGCAAGGUAAUUAAAGUGUUCUGGGAGUGCUAUGCACAGUUUGGAUAUGCGGUCCAACUCCUACAGUGAAGACAAGCUCCUCACCUAGUAGCUGACGUGUGCAGCUACCUGUCGUGAAUGGAGGGACACUGAGAACAUACCGACCAUCCUACGAGAACGAACUUCCACAAAGUGUUGUGGUCCCGUGUGGGGAAAGUGUUUGUGAUCCUGUUGAAUGCAACUGCGCUGGCACUGGCAUAUUUAUUAAAAUUAAAAGGACUUUUGUCAAGUA